AUGGCCUCAGAACAGUCCACUAAGCCGGCACAUGGAAGCUUGCGAUUAGCAACAUACGCGCGGCAGCUCUGUCACGUAUGGAGACGAAAAUUCGGCAUGCACACGCUGGUACUAGCGGGGCUUUCAAUGUUAGCCUCAACAGCCUUUUUGCUAGUAUACAAUCGGGUUUAUGAAGGGGCGCAGCACGGCCUAUUCCGCAGCAGGGUGGAUGUUGAGGUUCCCACGAAUAUAUGGCAGUAUGCAGACGAAGCUCUUCCGGACAGACGGACGUUCGUGGAGGAAAUAUUGCGAACAGUGCAGGCAUAUCCGCCAGGGGCAGCCCUCCAAGUGCAGGCUGAUUGCUUGCUGGAGCGUGUCCGCGCUACAGAUGAGCGGAAAUUCGGUAGUCUAACGGCUUCCAAGCUACAGGGUUGCGUUGAUCUUUCUGGAGACGCCUUUGCGCAUGCAAAGGAACAGCAUGCGCUGAUGAUGAAGGUUAUUCAAAAGAGUUUACCCGAACACUUGAGUGACCUCGAUCACUAUCCGUAUAUAAGCGAUGGGAUUGUUAUCUUGGGCGGUGGCCAUAAGACGAUAGCAGCAAUUCCAGCUAUCCGGUCCAUACGCGAAAACAGCGGCAUCACGGUGCGCAAUUCCAUGCCCAUAGAGGUUGUGAUCCCAGGGCCGGCCGACGAGGAAAAGGUAUUCUGCUCAAAGAUUCUACCGGUACUAGAUCCAUCCGGUUUAACGCGGUGCGUGCAUUUGGGCGAUACCAUCAGCUCGUCCCUCCUUUCGAAAGUAAAGCCAUCAGACCAUAGGACCCUCGCCUUGCUAGCGUCAUCCUUCAGCAGAGUGUUAUAUCUCGACAGUUCCGUCCAGGUGAUAAACGCAAUUGAUGGCUAUUUCCACCAUGAGCUGUUCAAUGAGCGAGGCUUAGUCUUGUGGCCUGAUUACUGGCGCCGCUUGCACCAUCCAAAACUCUACGAGCUCGCCGGAAGCAAGGUUGAUACGGGCAGGCGCGAGCGUUAUAGUAUUGAUAAGGGAUCACCAAUAGAACUAUAUGGGGGUAAGGACGGCGAGUGGCCGAUGCAUGACUGUAAAGACAGCAUACCGGACGCUUCGUCUUCUUCGGGGGUCCUCCUCAUCGACAAGAAGAAGCACUUUAAGACCUUGGCGUUGGCGUUGUACUAUAACGUACAUGGGGAACCCUUCUUCUACCCGCUCUUGGACCCUAAGGCCCCACGCGAAGCAGAAAAGGAUACGAUCGUCUUCGCUGCCCAUGUGCUCUCUAGAGGAGGCGGUCCGCUGUACCACCAGGUCACAACACCAAAGAGAAGCGAGGGCCAUCGGAAAGACAAGGCAUCGAGUAAGCCAAUUUUGGAAGACACGGUGGAUACCAGCACCAUAAUCACUUCAACCUAUCGCCACGGUGCUGCGUCGUACCACGACUUCUUCGCAGACCACAACUUUGAGCUUCUAGCAGGAGAGAUCAUCAACUCGAACUUCGACAGCAGGCGGCUGGCCUAUGUCAAAUGGUGGCGCCAGAACCAUUCUGACGACACCACAUACAAGGAUAAGUCAGACGAAGACCUCUCGAACGACGCUUCUGUAAAGGCAGACUUCUACACAUCCUUUCACGGCAACUACACUCUCGCAGAGUAUCUCAAUUUCUUCGAGUUCACUCCUGUCAGCUUCGUCGAGACCGACGUUCUGACCUGCAACCCGUGGAUCGUGGCUCAGUCGCGCGAUCUAACGUUCGACGGCGCCAGCGCUGUGGGCGCGCAACCUGCAAACCAGCAAACCCAAUACAAGGCCGGGCCACCUACUCACCAUAGGCUCUUCAGCGACCAUUUCCAGAAGCUAACUACCUAUGACCUCGAACUAGCUACCUGGUCCGCCUAUGCAGAGUUCCUAUGCUCUAAAUUCUCGUACAAGGAUUAUCCCUAUUUAAAAGAGCACCUUGGUCUGACCGAUUCUCCAACCACUGCAUAUAAGAUGAUGUGUAAAUACAUCAGCGCCCGCGUAAGUCAUCUCCAGUCUACAUCUUGGCAUACCAUGGGCAACAAGUAG